AGAGAGCCCUCAAACAUGGACCUAGCGGUCUUCUAACAGCUCUCAUCAUGUCGCACACGUAAAUACUUCCGGUUCAUUUCACAAGGGAGAAUAACGCGUCAUAGUGGAAGUCGGUAUGAAGUGAGCAGAGGGAAGAAGGAGGCGCUUUGUGUUUACCUCCAUCUGGAGCUUCGUCCUCUCGCUCGGAGCAACGGAAACAUGGCGUCCGCCGCGGCGCUCCUUCUUUUAACGGUCGCGUGUGUCUGCGGAGGAGCUGCGGCCGAGAGGACGCUGGUCUACGUGACCGUAUUGUUUCGCCAUGGCGACCGGUCCCCAAUCAAAGCCUUCCCCUCCGACCUCCACCAAGAGGCCGCCUGGCCGCAGGGCUUCGGCCAGCUGUCCCAGGAGGGCAUGAGGCAGCACCUGCACCUGGGGAAGUUCCUCAGGCUCCGGUACUCGGGACUGCUGAACCAAUCCUACGACAGACGCGAGAUCUCCGUCCGCAGUACGGACUACGACCGCACCCUGAUGAGCGCCGAGGCCAACCUCGCAGGUCUCUACCCCCCCGCUGGUCAGCAGGUCUUCACCCCAGACCUGAAGUGGCAGCCGAUCCCCGUGCACAUGGUGCCACUACUUGAAGAGAGGCUUCUCAGUUAUCCUCUUGAUGACUGUCCUCGCUACAAGCAGCUGAUGAAUGAAACCGAGCACACGGAGGAGUUUCUUAAUGUCACCACUAAGUACCAGGACGUUAUAGAGCUGGUGAGGAAUAAAACCGGACUGAAUCACACGAGUGUGGAAUCUGUCUGGAGUGUGUACGACACACUCUUCUGUGAGUCCUGUCACAACAUGACGGCUCCCGACUGGGCGACCCCUGAUGUCCUGGAGAAGCUCAGAUUCCUCAAAGACUUUUCAUUCCAGACCACGUUCGGGGUCUACGAACAACAAGAGAAGAGCCGGCUGCAGGGAGGUAUCCUACUGGGGGAAAUAGUGAAGAAUCUCACCGAGAUGGCCGUGCCAGACCCGAAGCGGAGGCUGAAGAUGAUGAUGCUGUCGGCGCACGACACCACUGUCGCCGCUCUGCAGUCCAGCAUGAACGUGUUCAACAGAAGACAGCCGCCGUAUGCCUCCUGCCAAAUGUUUGAGCUGUACAGGGACGACAACGGCUCUGUCUCUGUGUCGUUGGCGUACCGUAAUGACAGCUCCGUGGAGGCGUUCCCUCAGCAGUUACCCGGCUGCGCCCUUGACUGCCCCUUAGAGGACUUUGUGAGGAUCACAAAGUCCUCCAUUUCAGAAGACCGCGACAAGGAGUGUCAACUGCCGUCGGCGGGGAGGGAUAAAGAGGUGAUCAUCAGCCUGGCGGUGUGCGGCUGUCUGCUCCUCGGCCUCAUCGUCGUCCUCCUCUGCGUGAUCUGCUGGCAGAAGGAGCCGGUCGGCAGCCGGGGAUACCACCAGGUGAUCAACGGCGAGGAAUCCUGACGCAAGCACCAGCUCCUCCCCCGGAGGUCAGCGAGCGCGGCGGCGGCCGGCGACGGCAGCAGCGGCGACGACGGCGACGACGAAUUCUGAACCGUUUCAAAAAAUAAUUAUUGGAAAUUUCUCCGGACGGUUUCCUCGACGCGUUUUGGGACGGCGGCUUCAACGACUGCUUUUUCCGCAUCUCUCUAAACUAACGUGACGGGUGAGACGUUGAGGCGCCGUUCUGUGCGUCUCGCGGCUUGAAAAGUCCACAAAGUAUCAGAGAGUCGAUGCUUCUGAAGCCGUGAGGACGUCGGAGUGGUCCUGCAUCGUCGGCUCGAUCGAAACCUCUUGGGCUCACGGUGAUUCUCCGCCCACGAUGUUUCCACGAGUUCUUACGGAUCACGUCUUUACGGGCGGAACAUUAAUCUAGUUUAUGUCGACGCUGAAGACUAACGGCCGAGAUGCCUUCAAUACUUUUGAUGUUUCCCCUUUUUUUUAGGGGGGGUUCUGACUUUUUGGUUAACUCGUAACGAUAAGCUCUCGGCUAGGAGGAGUGGGUGUCUAUCGUCUUCGAAACAGGAUGAGAUUUAAUGUCCAAAGUUUAACCCCGCCCCCUGGAUUUGAUUGGUUUAAACCAACGGGGUGGGGCUAAACAGGCACAUCCACAUUGAAAGCGACCUGGAAUGACAGGUUAGCUCACGGUGUUUGUUAUACAGUGGUGGGAUGUGAAAGGACGAGUCCUUAAUUACAAAUGGUGUUUUUGUUCUUUGUUAAUUUGAUGAUACUUUAGGUGUAUUUGGGUCUUAAUGCAGGGGACGUUUUGGAGAAGUACCUAAUGUAAAGUCUUGUAAACAAGUAUAAAUACUAAUGCAGUCUUGACCAGAAUUCUGCUCUAAGUCCGGAUUCUGGACUGUUUGGUGGCAUCAACCGUGGAGAACAAAAUAUCCUCGACAAUUCACGUUAAUCAUCAGUAUCGUGUCCAAACUGUCAUUAAAAAUUGAUUUCACGCUGUAAGAAAUUCA